AUAGAUUUGACCAUGUGGAUCCGAUUAUAUGGGUUACACACGGAUUGGGAAUUCGGGCCGCUUAAUAUAUGCGAAGAACUCCGUAUGUUGGUUUUGUCUGGUUCCUGUGGCUGGUGUUCGCGGCGAGGCAAGUGAAGACGAAUCUCGGGAAGUGGGUUCGCCGCCGGGAGGAUGCCGGCGGCAGCCUGGCGAUCGUGUCGGCGAGGAAUUGCAGCCUGAGAUGGAAGGCGGCGAUGCUGAAGAGGAACAAGACGGUGGUCGGCGGUAACAGUCAGGGGAGGCUGAUGAUGCUCACAAAUUGGGGCAGUAAGGGCUCCGCUUCGGCUUCUCCGGAAACAAAGGGUCUUUCCGGCGGCGGCGGAGUGCAGCGUUCGCCGGCUGUUGGAGAUCUGAAAUGGGAUUCGAUGUUUCAGAACCUGAAGCCCACGUGAAAAUAUAUUUGGUGAAGAUAUGUUAGUGUGUUGUCCAAUCUUAUUAUUCCUAAAACUACGUAGUAUAUUUAUUUAGUUUUGACUAUUUACCAUCAACUAAAAUUGAUCUUUUAGUUAUAAUUAAAUAAAAAAUAUAAAUUAUUAUUAAGAUAAAAUAAUAUUUUGAAAAUAUUUUAUAUGAUAAAUUAAGAAAUGUUCUUGUACAAAUAUCUAUUACAAAGCUUAUUUAAUUAAUGAUUGAAAUUUAUUAAUUUUAAUUGUACAAAUAUCUAUUACAAAUACUCUGGACCAAAUGUAUUACCAAGGACUAGGGAGUAUUGUUAUUUGCAUUUCAAAGGGCCAAAAAUGUUUGCACUUUAGAGGGCAAAAGAUGGUUUUAGAAAGAUAUUGGAGUUUGAUAAUAUUAUUGUACAAAUGUCAUUAGUACUCCGUAACAUUGAGUAUUCAUACUAAGAUCAUUUACAUGAUUAUCAUUAAUAUAUUACGGAGUAUGUAGUAAAUAUAAGAAUGGUUA